AUGGAAUAUUAUGAAUCAACUGUGAUCGAUCAAGGAAAGGAGGGUUUCACUUCUGAUGGUUGGGCGGCCUUCGAAAGUGCACCGUCAGGUAGUGUCGUCGAGUCUAAAGAAGACGAAUCAGAUGAAUGGGCUGCUGAUUUCAGCAGUGCACCGUAUGCGCCUCCUUCCAUGCAGUCUGCCAGCAAACAAUCGCAGAUCAAUGAAAACUUUGGGGAAUACGAUGAAGCGUCAUUACCAUCAUUGUGCAAUAUUUACAAGGCUGAUCGAGUGAAGGAAUGGGUUGUGGAUAACGUUCAGUGGCAAGAUGAGAAAGGAAAUGAAAUUGAAGAAGAUGCCACUUCAGAAAACGAUUGUUGCAAGAAUGAAUUCGAAAAUGUUUUAGAAGAUUUGCAAGAAACACGACAUGCUGUUGAUAGUCUGAAAGCAUGGCAGUCUCUGUGGUUAGCAAUUGGUGUAGUUGAAGAAGCAUUAGCAUUGAAAAUGCAGUGGUCACAUUCUUCGUUUUAUUCCAGCUUUUUAGAUUCAUUGAAUCUAGAUGCUAAUUUGGUUAGUUCUUUUAUAAAUUCUUUCAUUUUUGUUGAUUCCCGAGUAUAA